AUGGAGAGCUACACGAUGGAGCCGCUGGACGUCUCGAUGAUGGCGCCGCUGCCGCAGCUGGUCCACACGCCGAUCGACGUGGACAUCUCGUGCCUCUCGCUGCAUGGACCGCCUCUCGCGCAGCCCGAGGCCGAGCCGCUCUCGCCGUCGCACGCGCCGCCGGCGGUGCUGCCGGCAACCUUUCUGCGCACGAUCUGCGACCAGCUCGAGUUUUACUUUUGCGACGACAACCUCCUCGGCGACCUCUUUCUGCUCAAAAACAUGAACGCGCAUGGCUACGUCAAGCUCGAGCUGCUCGCGAGCUUUGGCCGCGUCAAGAAGCUCACGACCGACAUUGCGCUCCUCCAGCAAGCGCUCGAGCUCUCGACUAAGCUGCUCUUGAGCGAAGAGGGCUCCAGCGUCUGCCGCAAGGACCCGCUGCCGUACGACCAGACGUACCACGGCAAGUUGUCGCGGACGGCGAUUGCCUACAACCUCGCCGAAGACGCGAGCAUUGCCAGCCUCAAAGAACCUUCCGCACGUGCGGCGAAAUCACGUAUCUCCGCCUCCUCAAAAAGAACGGCGCCACGGGCCGCAACGCGGUCCUCAAGCCGCCCGUCAUCUCGGGUGAAACGUACGUAUCAUGUCGCGCGUCUUCUCUCCCUAACGACGAUGCGCCUACGUAGGUAUGCGAUCAUUGAGUUUAUCGAUGCCGAAAUGGCCAACCACGCGGUCCUGACGCUCUCGGACCAAUACAACUGGCGCACGGGCAUGCAGGUCGUGCUCUUUGACGGUACGACCACCGACAAGCUCAAGCAGCGCAUGUUCCCGGUCGACGUCGACCGGCGCCGUGCCAAGUCGGCCGCGGCCGCAUUCCAGUCGACCUGCGGCGGCGGUAGCAACUCGGCCUCGAGCUCGCCCCGCGCCGGCAACAAGUCGGCACCGAUCCACGUCGAGUCGGUCGGCGAGGGCCUCAACGACCUCAGCGAAGGCAAAGUGAGCACGGGCGUCGUCUACUCGAUCCGUGGCGCGGGUGGUCUCAUCACGCCGGCCCGCCAAGACGGCUCGUCCAUCAGCUUUCGCCUCGUGCCCGACGAAGACGGCUCGAUUGACAUCUUCCAAGGCGACUACGUCUCGUUUACGGUCGGGAAGAACAAGAAGAGUGGCCGCAAGUACGCCUCCAAGGUCAAGCUCGAGUACCGCCCGCCGAGCGUACACGCUGCGGCGACCGCGCCGCCUGCCCGCCACGACAACCACACGACGCAUAUGAACACUGGCGAGCGCAGCCGCGCGCGCACGAUGGGCAACGAGGCGGCGACGCCUUUUACGCGCGGCCGAUCGUCGUCGUCGGGGCAGCGGCCGCAGCGCCUGCCGCUCAAGAGCCCGGACGCCGUCGACUCUGCGAUUGCGCAGGCCUUUCGGCAAGCGGCCGGACCGGACGGGACUCGCGGCUUUGGCCGAGCGCGUGGCCCGGUCCCGGCCAAGAAGGAGCCCGGCUUGAGUGCGUCGUUUGCGGCCGACCUCGCGGGCCGUCGCCGCGCGGCGUCGUCGGGUGCGCCGCCGCCGCCGAGCUACUUUGGCUCGGGCAACGGCUUUGCUUUUUAA